UGAAGUUUGUGACUUUAUGCAAUACAUAAACAAGCUAUAACCGGCAUUUUCAGCGCGUGUAUUGUUUGUCAGAAUAAGUGCACUUUUUCUGACAAACACCGUCUCACCAUGAGGUCUCCUCAAUCGAGCAGACAGUUUUCUGGCAGUCUUUGCGUCGCCGGGGAUAAAAGGAGCGGACCCUGGCUCUCUGGCAUCGAUUUACUCGGCCUGUUGCUGUCGUCCUCUUGGCGCUGCCUCCGCUUCUUUUCAUCUGCUAGAACAUUGGGCUUCUCGGAAGGAAAAGAGCCACAGUUUGGACAACAGAGCCAGGCUUUUAGUUUCCGGAAAUGUCCGAACAAGGUGAAGAAAUGAGGACUUUGGAGGAACAGCAGGAAAUGGAGGACAAAGUCAUCAGCCCAGAAAAAGCAGAAGAGGCCAAGCUGAAGGCCAGGUAUCCUCACCUGGGAGCCAAGCCCGGGGGGUCAGACUUCCUCAGGAAAAGACUCCAGAAAGGGCCAAAGUAUUUUGACUCUGGGGACUACAACAUGGCCAAGGCCAAGAUGAAGAACAAGCAGCUGCCAUCGGCUCCGACGGAGAAGACUGAGAUCACCGGGGAUCACAUUCCAACCCCUCAGGACCUUCCUCAGAGAAAGACCUCCAUCGUGGCCAGCAAACUGGCUGUUUGAUACAUUUUACUCAUUUGCUACCAUUCCAUCACCCACGUUAUAUAUACCUGCUAUUUUUAGUCCUUUUUCUCUUUUUGUUUUGCCUAUGUAUGUAUUGUCUUAGAACUAUUUGCAUAAAUUAGCCAAAUGAACAGUUGACAGCUGUCAGAAGUCCAAAAGGGUUACUAAACAUGUUGACUAUCUUAACCAAGUACUUGCUGUCAUUUGAGCACACACAAAAAAUUAAUAGUCUGGUUUGGCUUUGAAUUUUGCAUUUAAAGGAUAACAUGCUUCCAUGUAAAGUGCUUAACGGUUCCUGCAGAGGUUAUCUUCACAUGACUGCAAAUUAAUCUAGUAAGAUCUGGCUGUUUAUAACGAAGAAAAAAUGGCACUACGGUUAAAAAAAGAAGAAAAGUCAGUCUGCAUAGAUGUAUGUGAGAACUACAUAUGUAAUUUAAAGAUAUCUGCUUCUAAUGCUAAUCAGUUUAAAUAGUAACAUCAGGGCUUUAUAUUUUCUCUUUAAAUCUUAUGUACCAUUUUGUGUCUAAGGCUAUUUAAAGUGCAGCUGACUAGCUUGUAUUCAUUUGCGUUAAACUAAUGUUUAUGCCAUUAAUUUACGAUGACAUGCUGCUGGACUCCACCUCAUCCUGACCUCUGAAAUAUGGCCUUAAAGUAACGAACAGUCGUUCCUCUUGAGCAAUAUUUGCUCCCUCAGUGAGAAUCUUGGUUGUGAGUCUUGGCUGACGCGCGCCUUUUGACUGGAUUCACUUUGGAUCACACUGGGAAGAAAUUCCCUGUUCAUGUCUGGAGUGUGCAUGUGUGUUUACUGUGCUGAUAUGCUGUGCCAUUUGUUUUGUAAAUAAAAUAGUUUUGCAUAAUAUCUUGCA